GGCUCACGGGCUUCCGCAUCCGGUCGGUCCGCAGCCGGCGGCCGGCCACCCUCCCCUGCGUUCGGGGUCCGUUUCCCCGGUUCGGAGCCCGACGGAGGCGAGCAUCCCCGGGAGGCCAGUGUUCUCCAGCCCCAGAGCUCAAGUGAUCCUCUUAAUUCAGCUUCGCUUGUAGCUGGCAUGAGCACACACCAACUCUAGCCAGCCUGACAAAUGGCUACCAACUAUAAAGUGUCUCAUACCAGACCCCCUUUAAUGCAAUAUACCUUUGACAUCAUGGAUCGAUUUGGAGAUAUAUCAGAAGGUGAAGUGGACCAUUCUUUCUUUGACAGCGAUUUUGAAGAUUCAAAAAAAUGUGACAGUGAUUUAGUUUUUCACAAGCAAAAUGAUGACCUUAAGGCAAGAAUAGAGAAGGACACCAAAAAUGUAAGCUUGAAAUUUGAAAUACAAAACAAUGACCUUAAAGAGAGAAUAGAUAAUGACACAGAAAAUGUGAACUUGAAACUUGGAAUACAAACAAAGGAAAAUUACCUUACUCAGAAAGGAAAUGAAAGAAAAGCAAAAGUUUCCUCAAAGGAAUAUCAUGUAGAAAAUGAUGCUACACAAACAAGAAGUUCCUCAUCGUUAGCCACUUCAAGAUCCAAAAAAUCACGUGAUGCUCCAAAAGGACACAAAUUACACUUGCCUGUUCCAAAUAGAAUUCCUAAAAUUGCAAAAGGUGAAGAUGAUUACUACACGGAUGGAGAGGAAAGCAGCGACGAUGGGAAAAAAUAUCAUGUGAGGUCAAAGUCAGCUAAGCCCUCUAAUAACUUCAAAAAAAAUGUAAAUAAAAAGUAUUCCAAAGUCAGUUCCUCCUCUUCUCUGUCUUCCUCAUCUUCAAGAUCAAGUUCAGACUUGUCAGAUACAGGUACAGGAUCUGAUACCCAUAAAUGUGAUUCACGCUCAUCAUCAAGGAAACAUGUUUCUGGCGUAACCCUCUCAUCACCAAAACAAAGAUGUAAAUCAGGAAGAAAAUCAGUAGGUACACAGUCUUCCAGUGCUAAACAAAAAACUGGUAACUGUAAUGUGGAAUCAGAAGAAACUGUAACAGAUGUAACUCCUUUGUCAACUCCAGACAUCAGCCCUGUUCAGUCCUUUGAAUUGGGCCCAUCACAUGAUCAGAAAGUAAAAGUUAAAAGGCAAGAAAAUGUGAGCCGGGAUGUGUAUGAGGAUGUGGAGGCUUUAAAAAAUGAUUUAAGAUCUCUGAAGUCAGCCAAAAGGAAAGAAAAGCAUGGGCAGAAUUUUGCUCCAAAAUCAUCAGUGUUAGAUGCAAAUCUAGACCAUAGAUCCAAACAAAAAGUCUUAAAUGACACCAUGGACCUUAAUCAUCUAUUGAAAGCUUUUCUGCAAUUAGAUAAGAAGGGACCACAGAAACAUCACUUUGAUCAGCCUGCAGUAAUGCCCAGGAAAAACUACUCCUUCACAAGAGAGGAGGUGAGGCAGAUCGAUCGGGAAAAUCAGAGGCUUUUGAAGGAACUGUCAAGACAGGCUGAAAAACCAGGAAGUAAAAGUACAAUCCCCGGAAGAUCUAUUGGCCAUCCCCCUAAGUUAUAUCAUAGUGCCCUCAACAGACAGAGGGAACAACAAAGGAUUGAAAGAGAAAAUUUGGCUUUAUUGAAACGGCUUGAAGCUGUGAAGCCAACAGUUGGCAUGAAACGCUCCGAGCAGCUGAUGGACUAUCAUCGAAAUAUGGGUUAUCUCAACCCUUCACCGUCCAUUAGACGAGUGAGAUCCACCCUUGGCCAUUAUAGCCCACUGAGAGGAGCUUCCAGGACAUCCAGUGCGACCAGUGCUCUCAGCUGUAAGACUGAUCGAUCAGUGUUGGACACAUCCAGUGGCUUUUUGCUAAGACCAAAACCCCCAAAUGUUCGUACUGCUUGGUUGUAAACGCUUUUUUAUGGUAUACAUUGUUCUUCCUAUUUUUAACAAUGUAUUUUUAUGUAUUACUGUAACUCUUUGUAAACAUCUGUAAUACUUUUUUUCAACAAUUUAUACAGCAAUGAGUAUAAUUUAUUGUUAUUCAAUGCAAAAUUGUUAUCCAAACACACUUUGAUGUAAAAUCAGUGUUUCAUAUGGUGGCAUAUUUAUAGGAGCGAUAUGUGUAUUUAAUAGAGAAAGGUGUUAUGCAUGAAUGUUUUCUCUAUAGAACUUCACUUGUGAUGCUGACAAAACAGUGGUGGUGAUAAUCCAUGUUGACCCAAGACACUCCUCUGUGUUCUUACUCUAUUGACUUCGGUUAUUGUAAGCGGGAACAGAGGCGCCUCAUGCUUAGGUUGCUUUAGAAUGUCUGUACCGUGAGCCAUCACUUGAUCAUGUGAGUGUUACACUCCUUAUGAGAUUUGUUUUCAUGGACAAGGUGAUUUCAGUUUGAUGAGGAGAGUGAGCAGCUUGUACCGGCACAUGAUUUACCAAAGGUACUUUCCUGUGAGAGUUUGAUUAUCCACUCCAAACCAUUUCACACUGAAUAUUAGGGGUUCACUUUAGAAGCUCCUGUUUUGUGUUUUUAUGCAGUCAGGUAAAAUACUCAAGGAUUCUGAGGAAAGAGAUGGCUUUAGCAGCCUACUGUCUUGUGACUGGUUUGUAUCUAGAUCAUUUGCAUCAGAAACAAAAGCAAAUAUUUGUUGGAUCAGUGAGCAAUAUUCCCAGCUUGAAGAGCCAAGAAGCAGACCCCAGGGUAUGUUAGGGCAGUGUUUGAAAUGAUACUGUUCAUGUGUGUGCAGUCACUGUGUGUUUAUUGUAUUAAUAGAAGGCCUCGACAGAAUAAGGAAGAAAUGCUUCAGAGAAACCAGUUAUAAACAGGAAAGAAACUAAUCACACAUUGGUUAAAGCUACUGCCUUCAAUAUUAGUGAGUUGUCUUGGUUUGGUUUGGCGGAGUCCUUGAAGCCCCAUUUUGAGCAGUCUCACAUGGAAAGAAAGGCCUGUUUGGAAUUGUCCUGAGGAAUUACUAGUGGCACAGGACACAUAGGUACAGUGUAGUUGACUGUGAACACUAGAGUAGUUUUCUGUCAACCAGUAGGCUGUUAUUUUAUGGAACCAAGUGUGAUAGUUCAUGUUCAUAACUUUUUCAUUACUCGUCUCAUUAGUGUGCCUUUAGGACAUAUAAAUAAGUUCAAUGACACAUUUGUCUUAAAAUAGGGAUUUUCUCCACCACAGUGAGCUCUGUCUGAUGGUGUAGCAUGUGUACCACACCUGCUUCACCUUCAUUAGCAGGAAGGCCGACUGCACUUUACCAAAUGCCAAGUCACACUGUUGGUAUUGGUUGAAUAGAUUGUGUUUUAGAUGAAGCAGCAAAGGUUGGGAAUAAUGAGGCUAAAAAGACUGCUGAGCACAUGCACCACGUAUGCAUUCCCAUAUACACACAUACAUCAGUAGAUGUACACACACCACACAUCUCUACAGAUGCACAGUGGAUGGGAACACAACGUGACUGAGGGUUUCUCUGCUGCUUUCUGGGGGCUGUAACAUUCUCUGAAGAUCUGUUUCUUUGUUCUAGUGAACAAGAUUUUAUACCUGCUUUAUAUAACCUUCAGCUGUAUAAACAAUGGGUUUAUUUUUGUCCUAGUUUUUUAGCACUGCACUUCUAAAGUUUGUGUAACAACAAAAUGCAGCAUUUUGGCAUUUGCCCAAUAGUGAGUCAAUCACUUUUUAAAACAGACUUUUGAGGGAAAAAAACGUAUAAAACCUUUUAUGUUCACAGUGGCAUUAACCUAUGAGUACAUUUUCUUUGGUCUAAGUUUCAUAGAUAAAGCUAUACUUUGAUUUUAAAUGCUAAUUUAUGCCUUAAUUUUUACUAUUUGAAUGAAAUUUAAGUAUUACUGAUAACAGGGAUUCAACUCCAAGUAAAGGGCAUCCAUCUUUUAAAACGAUUUGCAAUGUUGUUGUUGUUAUAGGUGCAUAUACAGGAUGACUAUAAGUAGAUGGGUAGGACUUACAGACUUAGAAUUCACUGAUGUAAGGUUAGGAAUCAGGAGGCAUUUGCAGUGGAGGUGUCAUGAAUACAUGCAUCCUUCAACUUUACCAACAUCAUAACACGUGAGGGUUAGUGCGGCCCUACAGUUGGCUGCCUUGUCCUUGCUGCACAUACUCUGAAGAUUCCCAUCUGGAGCUAGGAAGCGUGCUGGUCUGUGGCUGGUGGCCAGAGUGUACCGAGAACUGUUUUCAUCUCUGUCAGAUGUUAUUAUCUCCUUUUCCAGUAGGAUUUUGUAAAAGAUUUCAAACCAUUAAAAUUAUUUCUUAAGGAAUAGCUGCACCUCUUUCUCCCCCAGUUUUUUCAGUCUCCAUUAAAACCUGCUCUUAACAGCUAUUCCAGUUAGCACUUGGUGGUUUGCUUGUAAAAUACCGUCAUGCAGCUGUCUUCAACCCUAGUCUCAAAAAUGGGAUUGCACAGCUUUGAAAGGCAAUUGUGGUAGGUCUGCUUCUCACCUCCAGAUGGACGCAGCAACUCCAGAGUGUUAAGGUUAACGUACAGCUAAAGAUGAAACUUUACCUUAGUUAGCAAUCAAAAACUGUAUCACUUUAAAUGCCAAAGUCUUAAUGUAAAUAACUGUGUACCAUCAGAGAGAAUGUGCUACUGCUAAUGUCUGAGUUGCUUAUUUUCAUGAAUAAAGAUUAGCAAGAAACUUUAAAA